GCACCCUCAAUCCGGACUGCAAAUUUAUCCAACAUGUCAACUCCAGCCCGCCUUGGAACAUAUUUGAGGACAGCACCAUGCAUUGCCAGAAGUGAGACGCGUUUAACCCGUUCGUGGCGAGACGUGGCAGAAGUUCUGCGCUCUGUUGCAUCCAACGGAGAUGGGAGUAUGCUCGGUCAGCGGAGGACGGGUCGGGGAGUAGCUGGCGCCCUCUCGUGAGCCGCGGCGCGCGCAGUGGGUGAGCUCCCGCCCAGUGUGUGUGUGGCGCGCUCUCGUGAGCCGCGGCGCGCGCAGUGGGUGAGCUCCCGCCCAGUGUGUGUGUGUGUGGCGCGCGCGGUUCCGGUUCUCGGAGGCGUUGCACGGAACACGAGAGACCGGGCAAGGCUGAUGCGAGGCAGCCAGUUGCGUAAAACUCGCAGAGGUUAUUUGUCAAGCCCACUCGGCUGAGCUUCUGCUCCUGUAGCUGAAACCAAAACAAAAUCCUGUGUUCUGUUUUACUUGGCGGGGCGGUUACUGUUCACUUCUUUCGUUGUAUGGAGUGAAGUACAAUGGAGUGGAAUCCCGCGAUUUUAAUUAUAGGGGCUUCCUUUGGAAGUUUCAAACUGAUUAGUCGAGUUGUGGGGUCUCUCCCAACGCCAGAGUCUGCCUUGAGGAACAGAUGGAAAUGGAGAAACAUCCCCACUUCUAUGGUGCACAGUGUGGUGACAGGGAUAUGGGCUGUCCUGUGUUUUUAUUUACACCCGCCGAUGGCCCAGGACCUGAUCGCUACGUAUUCUCCCUCGUCUCACUGUCUCGUAUCAGUCUCCGUAGGUUAUUUCCUCCAUGAUUUCACGGACAUGCUGUGGAAUCAGAAAUUACAACAUUCCUGGGAGCUUCUUUUCCAUCAUGCUGUGGUAAUUAUCUGUUUUGGCAUAGCUGUGUGCCUCUGCAGAUACAUCGGGUUUGCCGUGGUUGCCUUGUUGGUUGAAAUCAACUCAGUCUUUCUCCAUCUGAGGCAGAUUCUUCUGAUGGCCAACAUGCGCAAAACUACGUUCUUCCGCAUCAAUAGCAUCAUCAAUCUGGGAACCUACAUCAUCUUCCGCAUCAGCACUCUUGCCUGGAUGACACGCUGGGUGGCCUUAAAUCGUGACAAUAUUCCUCUGGUGACUUACAGCAUUGGCAGUGUGGGUAUGGCCAUUAUGAUUCUGAUGAACAUUGUGCUCUUUUACAGACUACUGAGAAGUGACUUCCUGAAAUCCAGCAGAGAAGCGAAGAAGGAAAAGGAAAUUUGAAAUGUUGUUUUGCCAAUGAUUACUGAUACUUGGAUUUACUUACUGAAAAGGAUGCAUUUUUUUGCUCCUUUGAUCAGAAAUUUUCUUAUACACUGUAUAUAUACUUAUGGAUUUGUACUUAAUUUUUUGUAUCUAACAUCAUGGAUUAUAUUUUUAAAUGAUACAAUAAUUAAGCAAAAAACAUUGUGAAUUUUCUUUUAAACAUAUGCUUCUAGAUGUGCUAAAAGAGUAAAAUUCCUUAAUAUUUCACUACCUCACAUUGAACUACAUUAUGCAAGUAUUAAUGUUAUCAAGCAGAGCUACACUGAGGUUAUGUGCCAGGCUAUUCUGGGAGUGCCUCACAAACCCCAUCCUGACUUAGAAAUAUAUCGACUUCAAGAUCUCUGGGUUUUAUUCCUGGAGCUCCCUACCCAACAGCAAUAUGAGAGUACCUUCACUAAUAGACCUGUGGUGGUACAGAAGACAGAACAACAUCAUUAUCAGGGCUGCCCUUGAAUUAUGAGGAGUGAGACAGUAGCACAUCAAAGAUAUUCUGGAAAUAUCACAAUGAACAAUGUCAUAAAGUAUAGUGUUCACUCAUCAUAUGUUUUCAAUUAAUUAUAUGGUUGAUGGGUUGUUCCUUAGUUUGUAUAUAGCAGGAGUUCCCAAGGUGGGGUCCAUUGAUCCCACCCUUAACGGUAGGGCUCCAUGGCAUAUAAAAGAUUGGGACCCCCUUAAGAGUAAUGGUUGCCAUGCAGAUGAUUUGCGAUAGUGGUGUUUACAUGAGGCAUACAGUAGGUAUAUCAUUAUCUUGAAAAUACAUAUCUUCACAAACUAACAUUGCUCUGAAAAUAUAUCUGGAUGUGUGCGACUUAACUUUUUUGGAACUGUUACCAAUUAUCUCUGCUCUUUUUCCUAUGGCAAAAAUGAACUUUUGCUUGAGUAUUCAUAUUCAGGUAAUACAAGGUAUAUACAGCAGAAGUAAUUAUUUUUGCUUUUAUGAGAAAUAAUUUCAUUUGUGGCAAAUAUUAAUGUAUUUAUCCAGUGACAAGAUACACCAGUUCUGAGACUGCUUUCUCAAAGAUUUUUAAUUUUAUUUUUGAUGCUUUGAUUAAUGAAGUAAUUUGUGUGAAAAUUUGCUCAAAGAUAUUAAAUAUAUUGUAAAGCACUUGUUCUGGUGAGUUUGCAGCUAUUAAUUUGGAAACUCUUACUCGCCAGGAAAGCCUAUGAAUAUGGCAAAACGUUCAUAGCUGGAUUUCCAGCUAUCGAGUAGGGAUAUGAUUUCUGCCCUUAACUAUGUAUUAAAUCUGAAAACCAUUAAUGAAUAGAAAGUUAAUCCAUUCAGACCCAGAAGGAGUAUUUAAGCUAGCAUUCUGAGGAGACAGCAUCCUCAACUAUGCAUUCAUGAUGUCUUCUUGAUUGGAGCCAAAAUAACUACAAAUAUUUUGCCAAGCUUGGCGAUCGACCAAACUUCCAAAGUUAAUUAUUUGUCGAUAGGAGUAGUCUGGAGCUUGAUGCCAAAAUGGUUGAUCCGGAUAAACACGUUAUUACACUUACAUUGUGUCUGUACAUAUGAUGGUAGCGCCGUCACAUAAAGGUCUGUAGACCCUCAUACCGGAAGGUGUGAUUAAGCCUGUUAGCUCAAUGCUAUGAAAGGCCUGUCUUGUGUCAUAAAUAUAAUAUCAUUCUGUACUUUACAAUUAUAUAUCUUGGUGCUUCUGAAAUUUUAAUUUAAAGAAAAGUAUUCACAGUAAUAUCAAGCUGUAGUGUGAUCAGAAAUUUUAGGAAUUGGUAUAAUUUACUCUGUAAAGCUGAGUGCAGCCCAUUGGCCAAAUCUGUCCCAUGACAACUCUUGAUUUUAGUCUGCUAAAAGCAUCAAAUUUUCCGCCAUCCAGAACCCCAUUGUGGUAGAAUAGUCCCCCUUUUAAUGCCUUGACGUUGCAAAGCCAAUAAUGUUAGCAUUUGUAGCUGGGUGACCAAAUAUUGGAUGAGAGGGGGUAGGAUUAGAGAGUGGAUCAUCAAUGUGAAUCAGAAGAGGAUCUUUGGGGGUGAUGAUGGUGAUGGUGGUUAUUCUGAGGGUGGACGUGACGAAGAUAUUGGAACUGUGAGGAUUGUUAUGAAUAACACAGGAACAACUGUUGACUUCUUUGAUAUGUGUCCCUGUAUUUUCUCCACACAGAAAACAGCCCUAAUCCUAUGUGUCUUUCCUACUUCCCUACCCUUUGUUCUUCUUAAACCAUUUAUAUUUUAUCCGUAUAAAAUUGCACUUUCUGCUUUAGUUACAAUAUUGUAAUGUUUUUAAUGCUCCAUGACUGAUCUUUAAAAAAAACCCUGCUGAACUAAAUUUCUCACUUUUAAUGUUUUACCUCUGUCUUCAUUCCAGAGAUCAAUCCUAUCUGAAGCAGCCCAAAUACUAUCUUACAUAGUUUUAAACAUCUUAUCAAAUUUCUGUUAUUUUUAAUAAAUAUUGUGCCUUCCUGCAAUCCAGAUUAAUUCUGUGGUGUUUCCUCUAAUGUCUCAGUAUUUUUUUCUGUAGUCUUGACCUCCAAUCUAUAUGACAUUUACACCAUUCCGAGAGGCAGUCUUAUCAGAUUCAGUAUACACGGAAUAGUUACACUUUCACUUCAGGCAUCCAGUGUGAAAAUUCAUUUAUGGGAGACCACGACCACAAAUAGAUAAAGUAACUUACUCUGUAAAAUUUUCUUUUCAGUAUUUUUAUCAUUCAGUACUAGAAUACAACACAUAUUGCUUUAUUACUAGUUUAUGUUGUGUUAAUUUGAAUUAAAGCUCGCUCAUGACACUAGUAGCUGAAGUACGAUUAAAUAAAGACAGGUUUACAAUGACAACCAACACUAUCUUUAUUGAAUUGACUGGAAGAAUCUUUGCAAUUCAGUUGUGUAUUAAAUGCUACUUUCAACACAAACAAUACUAUUAGAAGCUUGGCUACUUUCUGAAUUUCCCAGAUAAGAGAAUCCUAGCUGGUUACAAAUGAACACGGUUCCUAAUUCUACAUGUGUUUCCUCCAGGUGCUCUGGUUUCCCUCCACAGCUCAAAGAUGUGGUUUGUUUGGAGUUUAUUCCUGUACUUUAUCUCUCUAUGACUGCAUAUAUAAUUCUAUCUCUAGUUGAUCUUUUUGAAGUCUUUUACAUGUGCAUUGGGUUAAAUUCUUAAUAUGUAAUAUUAUACUUUAAACCAUGAAUAAAAUAAAAUAUAACUUUUUACCAUACCAUUAUUUAGACAACAUGGGUCAGUGAGUACCACCAUGCUGUUAUCCAGAGCAGCUGUGAGCAUGUGGUACUCUGAAAUUUCCACUUAAAACUAUUUAACAGAUUGCCACAGUGAUGACAUUUUGGUUUGAAGUGUGGAACCAAAUGGGUGGUCUUUACUUUAAGGUAGCUGAAAAAGAAGGGUCUCUGGUGUUUUGCUUCUAGGACUGAACAGGUGAAGUGAAGGUCUGAAAUCCAGCCUUUGAGGUGAAUAGUUGAUGGAAAGAAACUAAAGUAAUGAGAAGAUAGCAGCCUGAACCUAU